UAGUGGGCAUUGGUGUACAUACAAGAUUUUGGUCAGUGGUUUCCCGCUCGGUAAUACUAGAGUACAAUUUGCGCGACAUCGCUCUACCAUUAAAUGUGAAUUUCUAUUUAGGUCUCUUCGCGGUCGGCCAUGGGCGGUGUGCAGAGCGGGACUCAUAAUCUUGGCGAGGCGUUAUGGGUGCAGGAGCGACAGCGGCAGAAGUGCCAUCGAGAGGGCAGCCGCUACGACUCCCACUCGGCACAGUCGACACAGGAUCGCAGGAAGCUGCUGAAGCGUACGAGGAGCCUCGCAGUGAUAUCGGAGGACGAUUCUCGGCAAGAUCGAGAAGCGGCGCACUUUCGGCUGGGCCAGUCGACCUUCGAUUUGCCCAGGAGAUAUCAACUGAUACCGAGGGCCAAGCUGAUCGAUCGGAAUUCUCUCAAGGACAGACUCUCCAAGAGUCAGCAACACCUCUCGGACUCCUACGAGAGAUUCAACGAGGCAAAAUCUUAUCAUUCGCGAUCGACGUGCGGCCUUCACUCGAUUCCGCCUGGUCUCGCGUCGCUUCCAGAUCCGCUGCCCUACACUCGUAAAAAUCGCGCCGAUCCUAAUCGACUGAAUAUUCUCGACUGGCCGGAUCCUCCGAGGCGAUAUCGCAGCGUGCAAAAUUUGGAUACAGUAAGCGGAUUGGUCGACAUCGUCGAGGAUAACUGGCCUGUCGAAGGCAAUCGGAGCAUCGAUUGCAUAUACACGCAGGUGAAGCGCAAGCGGAAGGAGCACAGGAGCUUAGACAGCAUCCUCUUUGAAGACGACGGGGAAUUGGAAUACUUCGACGUACUGAAUUUGCUGCCCCUCUCCAACAUACGGCUGGAGUACAACGGCGAUUCAACGAGGGAUGGUAAUUUUGCGCGUAAGAAGGUACACGGUUUGCGAGACUUAAGAGUGCUCGAGUACAACGAGCCGAGCGGCGCGAGCGAGGUUUCGCCGACGAGGAGCAGCAACGCCACGGACGAGGAGAAAUGCAAGGAGCACACGGGGAGCGAGGAUAAUCCCGCUCGAGCCGACGACGAAGCUGAGCAAGAGGCCCGCGAGGAUCUCGAUUCGUCCGAGGGGACGGACUCGGGCCGGCGGAGGCGUCGAAAGGCCGACGGCAGUCUCGGGGCGGAGAUCAGCUCGGCGAACAAGUUUGCGGAUCAGUACGCCCCCUCUUCGUCGUUUAAAACCGAUCGCAGAAGAGCCAAUGUCGAAAAUUUUGUGAGCCCCCGCGAGGAGGAGGAUCAAAGGAUCGAGGAGGUGGAGGACUACAAGUCCGUCUGGAUCUUGGACAGCGACGGCCGGAGCGAGAUGUCACGAAGACCGCAGAUUCUCAAAGUCGUCGACAACGACGUUACCAGGAGACGCCAUCGGCGCUCCGUCGUGGAGAUCGACGCUAUCGUCGAGGACGUGCCAAAAGAUAGGAGAUCGCAGGAGAUUACGACAGAGGCAAACGAGCGUAUCGAUGCCUCCGUAAUUAAAUCGAUUAAUGACGUGAACGAGGAGGACGAAGUUCACGGGAGAAAAGCGAAAGAAGCUACAUCACCGGAAAAUGCGGAAAAUGGGGCGACGGAGGACGCGAGAAGCUUCUUCGAGCGGAAAAGUACCGAGAAGGAGGCGGCGCGAAAUAAGCAAAACGAGGGCAGAUUCGAGAGGAUCGUCAAGGAGACGUCCAACAUUCUCGGCAAGGCGUGCAGCGUCGUAAAGGGCAGCCUGGGCUUCGAGGCGCGAUCGGAGAGUUCCGAUCUCGGCCUCGGUUCCGAAUCCGGUAGCGAUUCCCGCAGGCGAUCGGUGGACGAUGGCAUCGAGGACGACCGGCCGUUGAGAAACGUCGGAAGCUCCUCCAACAAUUCCACCGUGCUCAGAACAGGCGACGGCAAGAAGCCGCACACUAAUCUCACCAGAUCCAGAAGCUGCGUGGACUCGAUAGAAUGCCAGGACGACGGCCCGGAGUUCGAUCACGUGCGCUACAAGAUCGUCAAGUCGCACAUGUUCAGCAAGAACAUGUUCAGCACCGCACGAGGCGACGUCACGUACGAGGGACUGAUGCAAUACCUGCGCGAGUACUCGUUCCAAGAAUUACUGAUGGACAACAACGUUGUUAUCAUCGAGCCGGUGCGCGCCGAGCCGGUGGAGCGGAAGUCGUCGCCGUCGGCCAGGGUGGAGCCCACGUGCAAGAUCGCCGGCGCGAUCCAGAAGAAGAUGGAGAACCGCGAGAGAAACGGGGAGCGUGCCGAGAGCGGCGGCGCUAAAAGCUCCAGACAGUCGUCCAUUCGGAAGCACUUCUUCUAUCAGCCUAUACGGGUGAACCGUGAGCUGAUUGACGAAGAGCUUCCGGAUCCGGACACCGUCAGAAACGUGAGACGCAUGUUCGAGAACACUCUCGAGAAGAAGAAGAAGAAGAGCAUAACCGACGCCGAGUUCUCCAGGGACGACAAGGCCAGGAGGAGUGUCAGCAUGAAGGAUUUGACUAGCAUCGACGACAGUCGGUACGAUGAAAUAUCCGACAAGACACGCGAAGAAUCCAGAUCUAGAUGUUCCAGCAGAGCGAAAGAUCUCACGAGACUCUUCGAGACCAAGUCCGCGUCGUCGACCGUCUCCGUCGCCAAGGAGGAGCUCGGAAGUCCGCGAUGCGAGUCGAAAACGAGAAUUCUCGCGCAGAGUUUCGAAGCUAGAAGCGGAAACACGUCGCCAAGCGGCUCUAAUUGCUCAAAGAGCAAGGUCGGCCGUUACCACCACCACCACCACCACCACCAUCAUCAUCAUCAUCAGAAUUGGGAUUCCGGCAGCGUCAGUUCCGGUGUAUCCAGCGACUAUCCCGACACCGACCCCGGAAGCGGUGCCCAUUGCACGUCGUCCGACGACGAGGAUGUGAAUUGCAACGACGACGAUGCGGACGCGAGUGGUCCGGGGCACUACGUGUCCCAAGACGUGCUGAGAAAGAUCCGCGAGUGCGGCACCUCCGUAACUUACUACGGCGGCAAAGUGGUCAACAUGCACAACGGGCCGUUGGUGUCGCCGCUGGUCAGCAACGGCUUCAAGCGAAUCGACAAGUCGAACGAUUACGUAAAGUUCAAGCUGGUGAAGAGCAACUCCUGCGACAGCAGGCUGGAGCUGACCGGCAGGCUCGUCGAGGGACAAUCGUCGCGCCGCAGUCGCGACCGACGCGCCGAUCUCCGGCAAUGCACCAUCGCGGAAACGCCCAGCAUCGAGAUCACGACGAUCGACGGCAGGCAAAAGGACGAGGCACAAACGGAGGAGGGUGUCGAGCGAGUCGAGCAGGUGAAGAGAGAGCCGCCGGUGGUGAUUGGUCUGGAGCCGAAGAGGGAAGAUACUAAAGAAACGAGGAAGACCUUCAAAGCUGACUUUAAGCUGGGCGAUCUGGACGACUCGAGCUCCAAUUAUCCGAGUAGAUUCAUGCCGAGCGCGUUGACGAGGUGGGAGGUGAACUCGAGCUGGAAGGUCGGCAAUGAUUUCGGCAAAAUGGAGUUCGAGGAGUUCGAGGUGCUCGAGGAUAGUCUCAAUGGGAUCGACGAGCAGAGCCAAUACGCGCAAACAUCCUGAACGGGGAGUAUCUUUUGUACGAUAUUUAUUUUUUUUUCGACGCGGCGGACGAGACUAGAAGAUCAUGGGCGAUUGUUAUUUUUAACGAAAUGUUGAGCAAAGAUAUUUCCUGGCGUUACCUGAUCCUUCUUUGUGAAGAAGCAGGUGGUGUUCAAUUUGCGAACGGACAAACUUCAAUCGCAAUCGAAUAAACGUCGCUGGAAAGAAACCAGGAAUUUUUUGAAGCCGUAUUUCUGUCGAGUGCUUCGGAUAUAGCAGAUAAACGAAAAUAUCGCGAGAGUACGUUGAUAGUCAAAGUAAUUUAUUGGGUACGUAAGUGCUGUCGAUCAGUUAGUUUAUCAUUCCAGGUGGAUAAGUCCACACGAGUCAUAUUAGAACAGGUAAUAAAUAUUGAUACGUAUUAAAAUAUAAUAUAUAUAUUAUAGAUUAUUCAAUAUACUAUUGCAUAUUGUGCACAGAGCACGAAUAAUCGAUGUAAUUUGAAUGUACUAAAUGUGUAAUAGAGAAUUACGUAAUAA